UCUUCUACAUUAUGUAUUCCUCAAGUGAUCUGUGCCUUCUCCAAUGGCUUGGCAGUUAAAUUUCUUAUCUUUGUUCCUUUUCUCGUCAGCUCUCUCAUCUUGCCUCGUGGUAUAUGCUUCACACGCACACGUCGAAGGAAAAGUCUCUUGUUUCGACUGUCCCAGCGAUUAUGAUUACUCAGGGAUUACGGUCAGGGUUAGCUGUAGCCAUAUAAACACACGUUUUACCGUCACAACUGACAAGAAAGGCGAGUUCAUGUCGGAACUUCCCUCUAGGGUAAAAUCGAACUGUGAAGCGGAACUCCAAGGAAGCUUCAAGCAACUCUAUGCUUCCAAAAAUAACGUUAAGUCGAAGAUUGUUAAGCUCGAGGGUGACAAAUAUGGUCUCUCUUCAAAGCUGAUCUUCUUGAAGUCAUGCCCAAGAAGCCUCGGCUCUUUUGGUUCAUCCAAGACCGUUGAUUUUCCUGUUCCUCCCGAGUGGGGGUUGGCUCCUACCAGUUAUUACGUUCCUUUCUUCCCCAUCAUCGGUAUCCCAUAAGACGCACCGUUUAUUAUCUUUAUAUGGUGUCGUUCAUGUAAUAUAUAAUAUAAUAUAUGUGUAGAGCCAUGUAACUAUAUAAGCUGUUCUUUUCAGGUCCAUGCUUGAACUGAAGUUUGUGUGUUAUCUUAGUGUCUGAAGAUGGUUUAUGUUGUCCUUUAUGAAGCAUAAUUUAAUGUGAAAUUAUUUAGAAUUUGUGUUUACAUU